GUGAGACUCGCAAUAGCUAGUUUGUUAAGAGGCUAUAGCUGAAUGUGCUGCAAAGACUUCAAGUCUAACUGCGCUCUUUGGUUUAAAUCACUCAUUUAGCGUUCAGUACGAUGGAUAUGAAAAAGAGAAUUCACCUGGAGUUGCGGAACCGAACGCCGUCAGACGUGAAAGAACUCGUGCUCGACAACUGUCGGUCAAAUGAGGGCAAAAUCGAGGGCCUCACUGACGAGUUUGAGGAACUGGAAUUUCUAAGCACAAUCAACGUAGGCUUAACAUCAGUUGCCAAUUUGCCGAAGCUAAACAAACUCAAAAAGCUUGAGCUUAGCGAUAACAGAAUCUCAGGGGGUCUGGAGGUACUGGCAGAGAAAUGUCCAAACCUCACCCAUCUCAACCUCAGUGGCAACAAAAUUAAAGACCUCAGCACCAUCGAACCCCUGAAAAAACUGGAAAGCCUCAAAAGUUUAGACUUGUUCAACUGUGAGGUGACAAACCUUAAUGACUACAGAGAAAACGUUUUUAAUCUACUCCCUCAGUUGACAUAUCUCGACGGAUAUGACAAAGAAGAUAAAGAGGCACCAGACUCUGAUGCUGAAGCAUACGUUGGGCUAGAUGAUGAUGAUGACGAUGAAGAUGAGGAAGAGGAAUAUGAUGAGGAUGCAGCUCCAGGAGAUGAAGAUGAAGAGGAGGGAGAGGAUGAUGAUGAGGAGGAAGAGGGAGAAGAGGAAGAAGAGGAGGACAUCAGCGGAGAGGAAGAGGAGGAAGAGGAGUUAAAUGAUGGAGAGGUAGAAGACUGUGAGGAGGAGCGGGGUCAGAAGAGGAAAAGAGAGCAGGACGAGGAAGGGGAGGAAGAUGAUGACUGAACCCGCAAUCCCCCUUGUGAUCUGGCCGUUUAACCCCUGUAUAUCUGUCCUAUUGUCACUCGGCGGUGGUUUGGGGAGGUAUUCAAUGGUAGGGGUGGGCUUAGUAUAAAUGAGGAUACAGUUUAAAUAUUUGUUUUUAGCUUCUUUAUUUUGUUGUUGCUGUUGUUGUUGUUUUCUGUUGGUUUGGUUUGUACUUUCAGUUUGAUUCCCUUCAUUAUCUCCAAAAGCUCUUCAUGGCUGACAACACCGUGUGGAAAUUUAUUAUUGUUGGAAAAAGACCAGUAUGCUCUUUGUAAUUUUUCCCUCUUUACUGUUGAUGCCUAAAUGCUGGUGAUGACUUAUGUAUUAAAAAACCAAAAACCUU